AUGUAUUGGUUUCACCCAGAACUGCCGAGGAGCAAGGUUUCGGCUGCUGCUACUGCUCCUGAAAUAAGACAUCAAAGCCAGUGGUCUUUCGACCGCAUAUGGCCGCCUACAUUAGAUCUCAAACUACCUCACAUCAGCUCCACACACAAUAACAACAAAAGGCUGAACAUGAUGGAUAUGGAUGUCGAGGUAGAGGUGGAGAUGGGUCGGGAAACAGACGACGUCGGUAACGGUGGACAGCAAUAUCGCAAUAACAACAGACGGGCUCAUUAUCAUCUCCCCGGGGUGAACCCUCUGAACCCUGAGCGGACCAAGGAUCUGUUUGACAUGGAUGACGACACGGACACCGAUGCAGAGAACGACAUGACGACGGCUGUUGGCAAGCGGAGCAGGAGCAGGCGGCCUUGGCCCUGUACUUCUGCGUCGGCGUCGUCGGCUGCUUUGGCCCAUUCGCCGUUGUCGAGAGAUCGGCACCAUGAAGACGCUGAUGGUCAUUUUACGGUCCAGCAUCACUGGCACUCCAAGUCGUGGACCUGUUUGUCUGAUAUCAAUCGAUUGGCUAUGACCCGAAGCAGUUCGAACGAGGACGAGUCUGAGGAGAAGAGGGAUCAGGAAACGAGCCGUCGUCGUCAUCAGGAUAGCAACAACAAGAACGAGGUUAACAACAACACCCGCUGCGAUAAAACUCCAGAACAACAAGAGGAACAGGUCAAGCUGGACGAGAGCGAUCGAAAGAUGUUGGCAGCUCAGUCGAUUAUCCAGUGGCAGCAGAACAUCACCAAUCAGAGCACCAGUCUCAACCCAAACUAUACCCAGUCGUUGACAUCCCCAAAUUCGACCUCGACCGCUAUCUUCCCCCACAAAACUAUGACCACCACCAUCGUCGCCAUUGACGACAUUUCCACUAGCAGACCCACCUACACCGCAACCACCGCCACUUUCAGCUCCAACAUAUCAACAACCACUACUACCUCUACAACCACAACAGGAUCCGCCCGUCCUUUCCCCCCUUUUGCAACUCGCCCUAUUUCUACAACCACUGCCACCUCCACAACCACAACAGGAUCCACCCAUCCUUUCCCCCCCUUUGCAACUCGCCCUAUUUCUACAACCACUGCUACCUCCACAACCACAACAGGAUCCACCCGUCCUUUCCCCCCUUUUGCAACUCGCCCUAUUUCUACAACCACCACAGACGAUAUCUCAUGUUACCGACCAUCCACUGCCCCUAUCCGAGUUACAGCGGCCAUCGCCUCGACCGAAGAUAUUUCAUGCCGUCCAAUCCGUCCCACAGCAACUGCAAGGUCCGACGACAUCUCAAGCAGAUCUGUGCGCUCCACAGCGCGGACAUAUGAUAUCUCAGGCAAGCCCACUCGACCCUCCGUAAGCACUGCAAGGACGGAUGAUAUCUCAAGCAGACCAACUCGACCAACACCAACGACAGACGACAUCUCGAGUAGACCUUCUCGCCUUCCUGCACCUACCACCAAUGAUAUCUCGAGUAGGCCCAUUCACCCGACAGCAAGGACGAACGACAUUGCAAGCAGACCUACUCGCUCAUUUCCCCCAUUCGCCACUACCACCAAGACCACCUAUGUCACAACUUCCGAGGCACCCACAGUUCCCAAAACGGAGGACAUCGCAAGCAGACCUACCCGCUCACUUCACCCAUUCGCUACCACCACCAGGACCACCAUUACGACAACGACUACCUCCACGGCAACAGAUGAUAUCUCAUGCUACAGACCAACAGCUCGUCCGGCCCCAAUGCGACCUCAUUUCCUCGCCUUCACGCCCAUCAUCGACGACACUGCCAUGGACACAACUACCACCACAACAAGCACCUUCUCGGUCUCCUACGACUCGUCAACAACACCUCCACCUCCCAGCACCAACUCUCCACACCCUUCGAUCCCCUCCCCGGCCUCGUCAGCGGGCAGGUUUUCGCCUUACUACUACUCUCAACUCUCGCCCUACUCUCGGGCAGCCGGAGCCGCAUCGCCACUCCCAGCACGGAGGUGUUCUGCAGAUACUUCGAUCCAGAUGUGUAUCCUCCAGGGGUUCCUGGACCGCCAUUCGAAUGGCCAUAUCAUGUACCCGAAACCCAAGCCCUCCAAGUGCUGCAGUUCCAGCGGUUCCAGUUGUAGCAGCAGUGGUAGUGAGGAGGAUGGAGAAGAGGAAGAAGACUCGAGCAGCUCGACUGGAUCCUCGUCGUCGCCGACCAGUUUCUCGGACGCUGAAAGUGACAGCGAGGACCAAGAUGAUCAGAGCAUGAAGGAAGAGGAUAUUGAUGAAGAGGAUGAGGAGUUCCAGAACCGGAUGCUGUUGUUGUCACAGAGCCCCAACUUGAGCAGUAUGGAUUUCAGGGAAUUUCUCAUGACGGAGCGGCAGGCUACUGCUAACACGCGACAGGCUGAUAGUCCGGUCUUCUUCCAAGGGUUCCCUCUCUUGAACAUGACCCGUAUCGAGUAG